GCAGAAAUGUUCAAAAACUUACAGUAACACGACCACACACCAAAGAUUCGUUCGUCUUCUACCUUUUCUUCUUUCUUCGGCUUCACUAGUUUCUACGAUAGACUGGUUAUGCCGCUAAAGAUGCAGCACACCCUCCUAGCUGAACCGCUUUUACUGUCAAGGGAUUCGGGAGUUCUGGAACUUAGGGCCGACGCCCAAUGCUGCUGGUCCUUAGUACCUUCACUCUGUUGUUGCUGGCUGUGGAUCCCUCUAAGAACUUGAAAGUUCGCGUGUCUAUGACUGGUGAUUUCGGCUGGCCGAUACUCUGCUCGAUUGCCUCGAAUUCGGACGCCGAAGGUGCACGUUUC